UAUUCUGCAUGCCCUGGCGUUGGUGGAUUCUAAAUUCUAGGUGUCUGGUACCUUUUCCCAUUACGAAACUUUUGACCCGCCCAUUCAAGUCUAGCGGGAGCAUAUACACAUCACUGCCAAACCAUGACUCAUUUCUUGUGGUGCUGUGCAUUAAAAUUAUUCAUUUACAGAAUUUGCCUUGUAUAUUGUCCUCCUACUAUUAGAGUAUCCAUAGACGUGGUGUGCAAUGCUGCGAGUGGUAUUGAGGUGAGGCUUCCUAACAGGCGCCUCUAUCUAACCAGCUAUCGCCUCACAUGUCCUAGUACCUCAGAUUCUUUAACCUCUCUAACCAACGAAAAGCAGUGCCGGAGAGCUAUAUAGGCCAGGUGGCCACCAGGUAUCCGCCCGGCCACCCAC